AUGGACAAACAGAUUAUAACGUUGCAAAGAUUCUUCAAGGUCAUUUGUGAAGAUACUGAUCUAAAUCAAGAAGGUAUUGAUCAAGCCAAAUUAGCUGCUGAAAAACUUAAAGAUUAUCCAUUUGAUGCAUUUUAUUCAUCAGAUUUAAAACGUUGUCGUGAUACAGCAAAUACAAUUCAUAAAAGUUUAACCAAACAAGUUGAUAUUCAAUUCAGUUCUAAUCUUAGAGAAAGAAAUAUGGGUGAAAUUGAAGGUAUGAAAAUUUCAGAUGCUGUAGAGAAAGCUGCUAAAGAUGGUAAAGAAUCUUAUAGAGAAUAUGGUGAAAAACCUAUUGAUUUAGUUAAUAGGGUUAAAAAACAAUUAGAUGAAAUACUUGAACUUAAUAAACAAAAUAAAAAUAUAAUUAUUUGUUCACAUGGUGGUACCAUAAGAACUAUAUUGAAGAUAUUAGGUUUUAAAGAAAAUUUAAUUGUUUAUAAUACCAGUAUAACAACUGUUGAUUUUAAUCAUAAUGAUUUUAAUGAUUUUAAAAUUGUUACUGUGAGUGAUACUAAACAUCUUGGUGGUGAUUUUAAAGUGGCAGAUACAAGAGUGAGAUAG